AUGCUGCAGGACAACAAGGGCUCUGUGUACGUGGACGGCGUGCUCAUGGGGAGCUCUGACACACUACCAAUCCUUAAGUCACGGAGGCAUGAUAUCUCUCAUUUUUACUUUGGCGGCGGCGAAAACAGCAGUGUGACAAUAAAGAACGUCUUUUUGUACAACCGUCCACUGAAUGCCAUUAAACUCAAAGCGGUUUAUGUUUGUCAGAUCCAUCGGAUCUGCCACCUGCACGUUGCUCAGACGCAUGGGAGUCAUGCAGGUGACAGCUCCACGCGUGCUGAUGUGUUCCGGGUGUCAAUUCUGCUGCUAUUGGGGCUAUGGGGCUUUGCCGUUCUGUGCUGA